CUUUUGACAGCAGGUUCUGCACUCUGGAGCAAGUAGCUGUCCACAGCAGACAUCUUCAUCAUUCACUGGGAGUAAAGAGAGCAGCAACCGCCAACAUGCCAGUCGAUUUGAACGGAUAUUGGAAAAUGAUUUCCAGCGAUAACUUCGAGGACUACCUGAAGGCUCUUGAUGUAAAUGUUGCCGUCAGGAAAAUCGCCACCUUGUUGAAGCCUGAUAAGGACAUUUCCCACGAUGGGGACCACAUAGUCAUCAAAACCCUUAGCACAUUCAAAAACUACAACAUGGACUUCCAUGUGGGCAAGGAGUUUGAGGAGGAUCUGUCUGGAGUGGAUGACAGGAAAUGCAUGACCACCAUCUCUUGGGAUGGAGACAAGCUGGUGUGUGUGCAGAAGGGAGAGAUAGAAGGGAGAGGCUGGACCCACUGGGUGGAUGGAGAUGAGCUUCAUCUGGAGCUGAGAGCCGGUGGAGUUGUUAGCCAGCAGGUGUUCAAGAAGUCCUAACUGAACAGGAUGGCGCCCCCGGUUGACAUGGGCCUAAACAGACACACCAGAAACAUCCCAUGCCUCUGACAUCCAAUCCUACAUCUCUCCAUAAUGUCCAUCCAUUUGUUUUCCUGUAUUGAAAAUGUCAUGAAACACACAGCUAUAUUCCAUCAUAACUACUUUUCCAAAGCAAAUUCAGAGGGGCAGGGGCAUUAUAUAUCAUGUAUCAUCACAACAUGCAAUACUCUAUAUCUGUCUCAGGGUGGGAGCUCUUUUGAUUAACAGUUUAGAAGCGUUGGCUGCAUGCAUAUUGCUACUGGAGGUGAAACUAAUCUGAAAUGACCUAAAGUGAUGGAUGGCAUUGAAGACAAGAGAGCGUGGGUUAAUCCCAUUUUAGUUCCCUUAAAAAUUGCUUUGGAUGUCAAAAAAUACAAGUCUGAGUGUGUUUGAGGGCUGUAAACUUCUUCACUACUGAUGCUUAGUCUCCAGAAUGGAUAUAUAUAUAUAUAAUGAUGUGUAUUUAUCCCUCCCAGUUCCUUUGGGAGUGUGCCAAUAUAGUAAAAUGAAUCAA